UGAAAUCCUCUGCACCGGAGCGGAGGGUGAGAGGCUCCAGCUCUGCGGUCCAGCGCAAACAUGGCGGGCUGUGGAGGGGACGUGAUGGGCUCGUGGUCCGGGUCAGGAUCGAGGACGGCAGCUGCUGCGUGCGAGCAGGAAGGGAAGCCGAGGAAAAGGAGGACAGCCUUCCACCUGGGCAGGAUGAAGUCCCGCAGCAGCUCCACCAGGCAUCAGCUGCAACACGAGCCCGCCGCCAACAACAACAACAUGCCGUUCAUGAUCCACAGCCAGAUCGGAAAAGAGAUCAAACACAUCUGCAGCAACUGCAGAGGAGCCGAGCAGCUGGACGCUGAGGAAGUGGAGCGGUUGGCCGCAAUGCGCUCUGAUUCCCUGGUACCAGGCACACACACACCUCCCAUCCGCCGGCGGAGCAAAUUCGCCACUCUUGGACGUCUGUUUAAACCCUGGAAAUGGAGGAAGAAGAAGAGCGAGAAGUUCAAGCAGACCUCUGCCGUGUUGGAGAGGAAAAUGUCCACUCGCCAGAGCAGAGAAGAGCUCAUCAAGAAAGGACUCCUGAAGGAGGUUUACGAGAAAGAUGGAGGUCACAACAGAGUAGAUUGCUCAUCGCCGGCUCUUCGGGAGGAGGUAAAGAUGGAGAAUGGUCGCUCCCCGGUGCUAGGCGCCAGUCUUUCAGAGUCUGAAGGUGCUGAGAUGAUGGAGGGAGCGGCAGCAGUUGUAGGACCACUGGAGUUUCAAAUGUCAAGUGAUGGCACAUGUCAACAACCCAGCCCGGCUCCACCCACAAAAGCAUCUACACUAUAUCCGACUGAUGUCACUGAAUCAACCAUCUCCAGACCUCCAACGCUACACAAACAACCUCCCGCUCUACCACCCAAACCUUUCAGCAGGUUACCGAACCACAUCACAGAUGGCGCCCCCGUGAAGUUGCCAUGUAUGUCAGUUAAGUUGUCUCCUCCUCUACCUCCAAAGAAGCUCAUGAUCUCAGUACCUGCAGGGGGUAUGGAGCCCUCCUCACUCACCUUCCAGAAGUGCCCCGCCCCUCCAAGCCACGCUCCAAUGGGAGGGCACUCGCUGCAGUACGGGACGCUGCCCGUUCCCCUGCAUCCGCCCAGCCGAAUCAUAGAGGAGCUCAACAAGACCCUAGCCCUUACCAUGCAGAGAUUUGAGAGCUCUAUGAUGCACACCGUGCCCACGGUGAUGUUCGAUUGCGACGACAACAAGGAGAACCUUCCAAAUGAGGCAGAUUAUGAGGACUUGCCAGGCAUGUAUAAAGAUGAGGAGGAGGAGGAGGAUGAAGAGGAAGACGAGGAAGAAGAUGAUGAGGAGGAAGAGGGUGAUGAGGAAGAGGAAGAAGAUGAAGAUGAUACACUGCUUACAAGCACGCUGGCCAUGAAGGUUUUACGAAAAGACUCUCUGGCCCUCAAGUUGAGCAACCGUCCGUCAAAGCGGGAGCUGGAGGAGAAGAACAUCCUUCCAAUGCAGUCAGACCAAGAACGGCUCGAAUCUCGACAGCAAACGGCCACCAAACUGACCAGGCGGUUGAGUCAGAGGCCAACAGCAGAGGAGCUUGAACAGAGAAACAUCUUGAAACCUCGAAAUGAUCAGGAGGAGCAGGAGGAGAAGAGAGAGAUCAAGAGACACUUGUCGAAAAAGCUCAGCCAGAGGCCCACAGUGGAGGAGCUGAGGGAGGCGAAGAUCCUCAUCCGCUUUAGUGACUAUGUGGAGGUCGCCGAGGCUCAGGACUACGAUAGGAGAGCAGACAAGCCAUGGACUCGGCUAACAGCUGCUGAUAAGGCUGCCAUUAGAAAAGAGCUGAAUGAGUUUAAAAGCACAGAGAUGGAGGUGCACGAGUCGAGCCGUCAUCUGACCAGGUUUCACCGGCCAUAAAAACAACUCCGUCACACCUCGUCCACAUUUUUCUACUCCGACAGAAGUCUCAAGUGUUCAGACUGCUACCUGCUGCCCUCCGACUGCUAACCAGCGUCAACUUCAACCCGACAAGUUGACCUCAAGUGAGUUUGAGCCAUCGCAGGACAUGAGAGCAAAAACUUUCAGAUGGAUUAAACUCUGGACUGCUGUGUCCCCACAGUGGGAAUUUUACAGACUUCUUGAUAUUCAAAAGCUUUUAAUUGUCAUUUUUUUAUGAUGAAGAGGUGGUGAUGUUUACUUUGCUGCACUUCUGGUUUUGAAUAAGGCUACAGGAGGUCGCACACACACAAUCUGUGCCAAUUUCAUUUAGGGAAAUGGUUGGAGAUGGGUAUUUAUUUUAUUUUACUCCUUACUAUUGUGUUCUGGCGUCAUCUCUGCCAGGCAGGUGCAUGUUUAUUUUCCACAGAUGACACUGAAAUAACCAUGUUCGUUGUCAGAGGAAUUGAAAUAUUUGCAACACUGUAUGCUGUUGUAGGCAGCUGAAACUAAAGCCAAACUCAUAAAAUCAAAGUUUUCAUAAAAAUUAACUGCAGAAAUAUAAUUACUAAACAUUUUCACAUCAGUUUACUGAGCAAUAAUUUCAGAUUCUCUCAUUAAUUGUCCAUCCGUUUAUGGGCUGCAUUCAAGAGCCCAAACAGUUAAGUUUCCCAUUUUAAACCAAAGCAACUUGACUUGUUGUGGCCCUUGAACGCAUCCCAGAGUGACAGCCAUCAAGAGUUCAGUAACCCACUGUGUCACCGUGCCUACAGUAUUGUUUACAGGGAUUUCAAAGUUGCCAAAUGAUCUUAUUUAAAAACAAAAUAUUACCUGUAGACAGUAAAAUGUCACUGAACUCUGCUAAAUAACAACAAAGUACUUUUUUUGUAUUUCAUUGUUUAUUGUUUGAGGUCAGCCUUUUACAGAAAAUAUGAAAACCUUGCCACCUUAAUUUUUUUUUAUUGUUUACAGUUCAAAUUGGAUCCAUGAACUAGCAGUCGUGAUCAUAUUGAGAAUUUGUUGCUCAGUAUGUGUCACAACUGGUGUGUCUGUGUGUAUGCUUGUAUACAAGAGUCAGCGAUGAUGCUGUCGCUUGUACGUAAAAAGGUGUUUUGAGAGAAAUAUUCUCAGAAUUCUAGGAGGAUGUACAUAAACUAAAAGGAGUUUUUGUAAACAGAAAAACUGCAUGUGAGUAUUAAUUUAUUGUGUCUUCUAUGAUGUAUGCAGUUUCUUAAAGAAAGAAACUUAUUAAAAAUAAUAAGUUUG